AUGGUGGCAUAUUUAUUGCGGAAAAAUGCAAAAGUUUACAGCAAUGGUGAUGUUCUGUCACCUCUUCAGAUAGCAACCAUGAACAACAACACGAUAAUUUUCAAAAUGCUUCUGGAACACGGAGCUAAAAUAAGUAAUGACAAAACUGGUGUGGAUGUCAAUGAAUAUGAUGACGACAGAUCAGCUCCAAUCCAUUACGCAGUAAUGGCCUACAACAAUGAUAUUUUGCAAUUAUUGAUAGAUUAUGGAGCAGACAUUAAUGCUAAAAAUAAAUAUGGAGGGACUCCAGUUUAUUUGGUUUUAAAGCAUUCGUAUACCCUAGAUUAUAGGUUUGAUAUCGAUGGAGUGUCUAUACCUGGCAAUACAAUGAGUAGUAAAUUGGCUAUUCUCAUAGAUAAUGAUGCAGACAUAAAUGAUCUUGAUAUCCAUAGAUGUUUCGAAAGUAAUCAUCAUUUUUUUCUGCGUGUGCAAAAAACAAAAAUCAUGAGAGGUUCAUAUGUUCCGGUGAAGUUUCACGAAUUUGGUUUUUCAUUCUCUCCAUUGUUGGAUGAUAAGAAUCGACUACUUACUGCUGCCGUUGAAAAAGAUCAAGUAGAAAUGGUGGCAUAUUUAUUGCAGAAAAAUGCGAAAGUUAACAGCGAUCAUAAUGUCCUGUCACCUCUACAGAUAGCCGCCAAGAACAACAACACGAUAAUUUUCAAAAUGCUUCUGGAACACGGGGCUAAAAUGAAUUAUAACAAUAUUCAUAACAAUAUGUCACCAAUUAAGUUAGCAGUUGUGCGCAACGAUAUUGAGAUCGUAAGACUUAUCGUUAAGCACAAAAAUUUUGGACAAAAAUAUGAUCAGUCAUUACUGCAUACAGCUCUCAAGUAUAACAACUUGGAAAUGGUCUCAUUAUUAUUAGAAAUUGGUGCGGAUGUCAAUAAAUAUGAUGGCGACAGAUCAGCUCCAAUCCACCACGCAAUAAUGGCCAACAACAAUGAUAUUUUGCAAUUAUUAAUAGAUUAUGGAGCAGACAUUAAUGCUAAAAAUAAAUAUGGAGAGACUCCAGUUUGUUUGGUUCUAAUGCAUUCGUAUCACUCAAUUUAUGGAUCUGAUAUUUUUGGAGGGUCUAUACCUGGCAAUCCAAUGAAUAGUAAAUUUGAUAUUCUCCUAGAUAAUGAUGCAGACAUAAAUAGUCUUAAUAUCCGUAAAUAUCUUUCACAUAGUAACCAUGGUACUCACGUGCAUCUUCAUACUAAUGGUCGUGUUGAAGACUGUAGUUCGGAAAAUAAAAAACGCAUUAUUAAACAAAUUCUGCGUGUGCAAAAAACAAAAAUCAUGAGAGGUUCAUAUGUUCCGGUGAAGUUUCACGAAUUUGGUUUUUCAUUCUGUCCAUUGUUGGAUGAUGGGAAUCGACUACUUACUGCUGCCGUUGAAAAAGAUCAAGUAGAAAUGGUGGCAUAUUUAUUGCGGAUUAAUGCAAAAGUUAACAGUGACCAUAAUAUCCUGUCACCUCUUCAGAUAGCCGCCAUGAAAAACAACACGGAAAUUUUCAAAAUGCUUCUGGAAUGUGGCGCAAAAAUAAGUUAUAACAAUAUUUAUAACAAUAAGUCACCAAUUAAGCUAGCAGUUGAGCAUAACAAUAUUGAGAUGGCAAAACUUAUUAUUAAGCACAAAAAUUUUGGAGAAAAAUAUGAUCAGUCAUUACUGCAUAUGGCUGUCAAGAAUAACAGCUUCCCAAUGGUCUCAUUUUUAUUAGAAAUUGGUGCGGAUGUCAAUGAAUAUGAUGACGACAGAUCAGCUCCAAUUCAUCACGCAUUAAUGGUCCUCAACAAUAAUAUUUUGCAAUUAUUAAUAGAUGAUGGAGCAGACAUUAAUGCUAAAAAUAAAUAUGGCGAGACUCCAGUUUGUUUGGUUCUAAUACAUUCGUAUCACUCAAUUUAUGGAUCUGAUAUUUUUGGAGGGUCUAUACCUGGCAAUCCAAUGAAUAGUAAAUUUGAUAUUCUCCUGGAUAAUGAUGCAGACAUAAAUAGCCUUAAUAUCCGUAAAUAUCUUUCACAUAGUAACCAUGGUACUCACGUGCAUCUUCAUACUAAUGGUCGUGUUGAAGACGGUAGUUCGGAAAAUAAAAAACGCAUUAUUAAACAAAUUAUCAAACAUGUGAUUUUGAAGUUAUUCGACAAUUAA